UCAACAACAAAAUAUUUUGAUGAAAACAUUUUCUUUUUCUAAGUUUUUAGUGGUUUGAAUAUUCAGACGUCCACUAUUCAACAGUGAUCCGAUAGAGAAAAGAUAUCUACACGUCACAGAACUAUGGACUUGUUGCCAAGGCAUCGAGACCAGUUUCGGUCUGCUGGCUACUGGGAGGAGUUCUUUAAGAAACGAGGAAAGAAAUCCUUUGAAUGGUAUGGAGAAUAUGCCGAUAUCUGUGGUAUCCUCCACAAAUAUGUCAAAACAUCCGACAAGAUCCUCAUGGUCGGCUGCGGCAACUCGCAACUUAGUGCAGACAUGUACGACAUUGGCCUCCAGGCGAUCACAAAUGUCGACAUCAGUGACGUGGUCAUCAAACAGAUGAAGGAGAAAAAUAAAGACAGGACAGAAAUGAGCUUUGUUAAAAUGGAUGUAACAAAGAUGGACUUUGAGGCUGGAUCCUUUUCAACAGUGAUAGACAAGGGAACACUGGAUGCAUUGUUCACAGACAAAAGUGACGAUGUUGUGAAAACAGUUGAGAAAAUGUUCGCUGAAAUCGGUAGAGUUUUACGAGUUGGUGGCCGCUAUAUCUGCGUCUCGUUGGCUCAGAGACAUAUACUUGAUAAGAUAAUGGACUAUUUUGUUGGCAUAGGAUGGCCAGUUCGGCUACAUCGAGUUGUCGAGGAUCCUGACAAGGAAUUAGAGAAGGAAUUCCACAUGCCUGUGUUCGUGUUUGUCAUGACCAAGUUUAUGCCGAUGCCGAAUCCUAUCAAGAUUCUUGAAGUGUGUUACAAUGAAGAUAAGAUUGAGCGAGUGAGCUCAACAGAUGAGGUGGUAGCUGUAGUGGAGUCCAUGCAGCAUUACGCACUGGCCAGACAGCAGCUAAAUAAAAGGUCCUUAGAUGCAAAUGAUGGUCAAAUAAACAUCGAGCUGUUCAGUCCAGCAUCCUCCAGCCCCCGCUACACCAUGAAUGUUGUGGACCGCGAUGUUAGAGUUUCUAAAAAUAGGAAGUUUGCUAUAUUCAUUGUGCCUCAGGGAAGAGAAGUAGAGUGGCUGUUUUCAACAGACCAGGGACGGGUGCAACUGGCACAAUCCGCUGGGUUUAAACGUCUGAUAGUGGUGGCGCUCCAUCGCGACCAGAAGUAUGACAGCCUCGAUGCAAUCCAAGCGGAAUUAUCAAGUAAAGUAAUGGAGCUGGCUCCUCCUAAUCUAGGGGAUAUCAAGGUUCCGUUUCUGUCAAUUGGAGAUGAGAUUGGACAGCGCUCCAUCAAACAUCGGGGAACCAAUAAAAUGACUGGAGAUUAUGUCAUAGAAGACGUCAUUACAGAAGGUGACAUCAUGCGACGUCUCAUCUUCCUGAAUAAUCCGAUGGUUGUUCAGUCAGAAGCCAGGAUGACAAAAGUACAAAUCAAGAAAAAGGGUGGGAAGAACAAGACCACUAAGAUGGUAGUGGACACUAGCCACUUGGCGUGUCAGUUCCAUGUUGGAAUGGUGGCUGGUCUAGCUUUUGUGGAGGACUUUCAAAAAUUAUCAGAGUCAAGAAUUGACAUCGCCCUGAUUGGUCUAGGUGGAGGUAGCCUUGCCAUGUAUUUACACGAUGCCUAUCCAAAUAUCUACCUUGAUGCCAUUGACAUCGAUCCCGAUACCCUGCAGAUCGCCACUGACUGGUUCGACUUUCAAGCAGACGAUCAUCUGCGCGUGUUCAUCUGUGAUGGGUUAGCUUACAUCGACAAGUUAGCAAAACAAGGUCUCAAGAAACAUGUGAUCAUGUUCGACGUGGACUGUAAAGACAUGAGUCUUGGGAUGUCGUGUCCACCAAGAGCGUUUGUUGAGAAAGAGGUGCUGGAGAAGGUCGAUAAAAUCUUACAUCCUGAAGGAGUUUUUAUCCUAAAUCUUUCAUGUCGUAACAAAGACAUCGAGAAAGAAGUGUUGGACGAAAUGAAGACCGUCUUCCGUGGAAUGUUUAGUAAACAAGUCCAAGAUGAUGUCAAUAAACUUGUUUACGCCUUGCCAAGUUCGAGGUCACAUUCUCAGGAUCUGAAGGACGCGCAGCUGCUCGGUUACAAUCUCCGGCGAACGGCGGGGAUUUUGCAAGAUUUGAUGAAGUCUCGUGCCGCGAGUAAGAAGGAUGGAUCAGCUGGAUUGGUGGCCAUGUUGGAAGAUUUGGUUAUUGUGUAACCAUGGCAACUCCUAAAGGAAGAGUGUAGUUAAGGGACAGUACUUCGCGACAGUAGUGUCUCAUAAGUCGGACUUUUGGCAGUAUGGCAAAAGUUAUUUUCCUACAAAUUAUCCUCGGCAUACAUAUUAUGGUACACGUCUGUAUAAUAUUUUGUGCUUGUUGUAUCUGGACUAUUGAAGUACAUUUAUGGUGCUAUUUAUUUCAAACUGCUCACCCUUGGAUAAUAAAGUUGAUGAAAUAUUUAGAUCUAUCAGGUAUGUUGGACUAACGCUUUCUUUCCUACGUGUUCAAAAUCUUACAGGAGGGAAAUUUAUUGAAUGAUUUCAUGCAUUUGAAUUUGUUUACAAUAUCAACUGUGAAAUAAAAGUGCUUAGUUCAAUAAGUGUAGAAAUUGGCAGAUAGCCUUUUCUUUGUUGGGCCAAUACUCUGGUUCCCCAAACUCAAAAAAGUUGAACACGACGUUUGUCUGUUUUUGAUCUGAACGCUGCACUAAUUCUGUUUAAGAGGUGGUU